AUGGCGAGGGGGGAUGAAGACGGGGUGGUCGGCGGCGGCGAAGGGGCGGAGCCCAUCGGUCAGGAGGUCACAGUUGGUGCCACGGCGGUGGCAGCUGGGGGGAAUGGCGGUGGCGCCGGGGCGGAGCCCAGCGGCGGGGACGCCACGGCCGGUGCCACGAUGGUGGCGGCUGCUGGUGACUCGGGGGUCGCCGGAGGGAGUUCCGUGGCGGUCGCUGCCGGUGAGGGUGCCGAGGUGGCGGCAGUAGGGGGCUCCGGCAGCGGGGACGGAGGUUCGGGCAGUGGAGGCGGGGGUUCGGGCAGGCCUCUCACCCCCUACCAUGGAGAAGUUUUCAGCGAGACGCCGGUGCUGAGGACGGCGACGGUGUUGGAGCCGAGGAGUGGGGAUAGCGGGAUCGGGUCCUCACGCCCUGUUCCCUUCGCGGAUGGGGACUUCCUGAAGGACGCGGAGCCUCGGGAUGUCUUGGACGCGUUUGGUGUCGAUUCUGGGGUUGCGGCGGUGCUGAGGGACACUAGUACGCCUGAGGACCGGGCUUCGGCGUUGCUUUUAGGGGCUUUGCUGAGCGGAGCGGGCUCGGGCACUCCGAAGGUGGUUGUACCGGUGGUAGAGGAGUUGAGAGGGAAUAGGGUGGAUGCCGAGGCGGCUGCUGAGGUACGGGUUACCGCGGUAGACGAGGCGAAAUCCUACUUGGAGGAGCGGCCCGAGUUCACUCCGGCUACGUAUGCUCCUCGACUACACCUCUUCGAGCCUGUGGGGAUGACGGCUUACGUCCCCGGCUAUGCUGACUACCCUGAGGACACGCUUCUCCGGGACCGAGCUUCACACAUCUCCUCCUGA